ACACUUUUGCACAGCAGCAGCUUAACACAGCAAUGGCCAAACGUUUCAAGCUGAGAAUUUGCAGAGCCAUCGCCACCACUCUCCAAUCCUGCCGCUCCAAAGACCCUUCCAAUCUCCCUAAAGACCCCGUCCCUUCAUUCUCCGCCAACCCCCAACCCCCGCAAUUCAAGUGGCAAAAGGAAGACAAGUGGCACAUCGUCGCCAAGAUCCCCGCGCCUCCCCCGCCGGAGAAGACCCGCCGCCGCGCCAAGAAGAAACGGAACCUCCCCACCAGGAUCCGCCUCAGCACCUCCUCCGCCGACAGCGGCUGGUUCAGCAGCGAAGGAGGAGCCCCCGCCGCCGCCGAGGAAACCGAAACCCUAGUCUCCUCCUCCCCCGGAUCCUCCGCCGAGCUCCAUCCGAUCCGAGAAACGCAGCCCUUCCCCAAUUCAAACCCUAGAAACCCUCCCCGGAGGACCAGGAGAUCGAAGCGAGCGCCGGUGAGGGCGGCUGCGGAAAUGGAGACGAUGCCGGCGAGGUUGUCGGUGUUCAAGAAGCUGAUACCGUGCACGGUGGAGGGGAAGGUGAAGGAGAGCUUCGCGAUCGUGAAGAGAUCGGAGAAUCCGCUGGAGGAUUUCAAGAGGUCGAUGAUGGAUAUGAUCGUGGAGAAGCAGAUGUUCGAGAAGAAAGAUCUGGAGCAGCUGCUGCAGUGCUUUCUCUCCCUCAAUUCUGCUAACUAUCACGGCAUUAUCGUCGAGGCCUUCUCCCAGAUUUGGACGGCCAUGUUUGCGCCGCCGCUGGGCCAUUCCCAGCGCCGGAGAGUGUCGCGAGUUGCCUCGUUUUAGAUUAUUAUUAAUAUUAUUAUGAUUUAGUUUGGUUUUCGCUUUCUACGUAUGUAUGUCUACGGCUUAUGUAGAUAGUGGUAAUAAUCAGAAUGUUUAAGGUGUUUGAGAUUCUGAUUCUCUGUCUUUGUAUCUUUCUUGUUUUCAUAUCAAUUCAUUUGUCAUGUGUAUAAGUAUAAUGGAACAAACUUUGGGGACGAA